AUGGUUUGGAACGCGGUCAUUUUCGGGCCCAAAGGGACCCCGUUUGAGGAUGGAACAUUUAAGCUUAUAAUAGAAUUCACUGAGGAAUAUCCAAAUAAACCACCUAUGGUUAGAUUUGUCUCUAAGAUGUUUCAUCCAAAUGUCUAUGCAGAUGAUAGUAUAUGUCUGGACAUACUUCAGAACCGCUGGAGUCCAACUUAUGAUGUGUCUUCCAUUUUAACAUCAAUACAGUCUCUAUUGGAUGAGCCCAAUCCCAAUAGUCCAGCAAGCAGCCAGGCCGCUCAGCUGUAUCAGGAGAACAAGCGAGAAUAUGAGAAACGUGUUUCUGCCAUAGUAGAACAGAACUGGCGUGAUUGUUGUUUUGGGUGCAGCAAGUGA